AUGACAAAACUAUUAAUUUCUAUCCUUUUGAAUACUAUUUUUACAUUCGUACAAUCAGAUGUAGUAACGCCAAGUACGGCAGCUCCUCAUCAUGAUCAUCAUCGUAAGGCUUUAGACUUAAAACUUUUUGUUUAACUUUGUUAACUAAACAGUAUGUAUACUAGAUUAAAGAGCAUAUAUAUUAUAUUAUUUACAUUGUAAUUUGCUUUAAUUAGCAAUAAUAAUAUAGGAAUAAACUCCUUUGUUUUUUAGACAAAUUCGGCGACAAAGAUGAAGUGAUGGAUGAAGAGUAAGUUAGCAAACUUGCUGUGGAUAGCAUAUGCUAGUGUUAGGUUGUUCAAAUAAUUAUGUGCUUCUUAGACCUCGAAAUUUGCUUUGAGACGGAUGCAGAAUUAUUUGAACAACUUAAUACUUUCUUAUAUUUUUUUUUGAUUUUAGACACAUAAAAUUGCACUUUAAUCACACAAUAGACAUCGACAAGAAGAUGGACAACGAUCACAGUCAAUUUUAUUACUUUGACAUGCACAAUCUGAACAAAGACUUGUAUAUCGAUGGUCUGGAAGUCGCUAAAGUAAGAGUUUCAUAAAAACUAUGUACAAAAUAGACAUGUUUUGUACUGUCAAAUGUAAGCUUCAAUUUAGCGUACUUAAUAGUAUGUUUUGAACACCACUACUAGUGCUAAAAAAUUUAACACACUUUUAAAAUUUUUGAAAACAAUUUUUGUUGAAAAAGUAAAAUUACUGUCGUUUUAAAAUCUUAGGGUUUAACCCACAGCCACGAUGGAGAGCCAUUUGCACCAAUAACAGACGAAGAGAUUGAGACAAUGGUAGAUGCAGUACUAAAAGACUUUGACAAAGACGGCAAUGGACUGAUAAGUUAUGGUGAAUAUAAAGCGUCGCUGUCGGUUAAUAAAAAGUGA